CCAACAGCCCCAACAGCCCCUUCUUGGUCCUCAUCGAGACCAGCACGCCGAAUCCAUCUUGCGAGCACUACAAUGAGUGCCGACCCUCACCAAAGGCCCGUCGCAGAGCCCCUCCACUCUUCUCCGAUGCUUGCCGCUGUUCCCGAAUCCAUGUCUGCCGAGCCCUCGCCUGCUCCGUCGGGAUCGCCCCAGCCAGCGGGUUUCCCACUCGCUCCUCAUCAUCCUGCUCCUGUCCGUGACCAAGACCAAGAUGACCAGGAUGACCAAGACACAUCGUCUGCCCCACCUCCGUCCAAGAGCUGGGGCUGGGGAUUCGUCAACAUAGCCAACAACCUCGCCUCCGACCCGAUCUCGUUUCUGUCGUCUGCCGCCUCGACCGCAGUGAACUCGGCCUCGUCGGCCGUCAACACCGUCAGCGAGGCACUCAUGGAGCCCACAGACUUGAUAUCCAGUGUUACGGAGCUCACUAAGGAAGCCAAAAACAAGGCCGUUGCUCUUGGCAAGGAGAUCCGCUCGGCAACCACCAAGGCCGUCGAGUCUCUGGACAAGGAGUUUAGCAUGGACUCAUCCCGAGAUGAUCGCGCGCUCUACCCCGAUGCUGAUGCCAGCCCGGUCGAAGCCGAAGAGCGUGCUCAGGAAAAGCAGGCCGAAUCGCUGCUUAUACAAAUGGACAAGACCCUGGACAUGGCCGCCAGCGCCGUCGGCCAAACAAUCAUGACCGGGUAUAGGAAGAUUGGCGAGAGCCAUCUCGUGAAAGAUGUCCGUGAGUCCGAGACUCUGCAGCAAGGACUCGAAAUCGGCCAACAAGCCGUCAGCCAAGGACUCCAGACGCUGGAAUAUUUUGGAGCCAAGGCCCUGUCUGCAUUGAUGGAUAUUGGCUCGCCAACCGAAGUCUCGCCAAGCAAUCCAGUGGGUGAAUCCAAAUCGAUCGAACAACUCUUUGAAGAGCAGGGCGGAGGUGUUCGUCUCCAGGCCCUUGAUCUUCUCUCUGUCGAGGCAACCGAGCGACUCUCCAAGUUGCCGGUGUCCGACGACGAAGUGGUCAACAACGUCCAAGCCACUUUGAAUCAGUCUGUGAUUCUUUCCGAAGCACUCUCGCGAAAGGGCAGCCUCUUUACCUCCCCGGACCAUCUGACGCGGUGGGCAGUAGUUGUCGGUCGCCUGGGUCAUGAGUCUGACAAGAUCAUGAAGGACAUCCAGGACAUCUCCAUCUCGGCGAGUGGCUUCCAGGCAGACAAGCUGGCUGUCUACAACAAAGAUCUGGAAACCCUGGCGUCCAGCGGCGAACCGCUCUGCCAAGCCAUGAUCGAUGCUGUCAACAAUGCAUACCAGACGAGUGCCCGGUCCAAAGCUCAGAUGACCGAAAAGGCUUGUGAGCAGAUCCUGAGGAUAUCCGAGUUGAUUUUGAUGCGUAUCCGCCAUCUGGAAGCCAAGGAAGCUGCUUCGGCCGACAGCAGCAAGCAGCCCCCUGUCCUUGAAAUUGCCAAGAUGCUGAAGAAUAUGACAGUUGCCUUCAUUGCGGAGCUCCACUAUUACAACUCGAUCUACACACAGUUCCUGGAGACACUCAGCAUCGGGGUGCCAGAGCGUCUCGGCGACCCAAUGCAAGUCAGCCUGGUUCACGACUUGAUCGGGACCCGGACCAAUGUGAUGCUGUCCGAUUCCGAUGCGCUCAUCCGCUACUUGCAGUCUGCCACCCAAGGAACCGUUCCGAUUGUCCUGCUCUUGCAUCGAACCCUCGCCGCUGCUUCUGAGUGAUCUGCUCGAGAUGAACCGGGCUGCACAAGAGUUUAGCUCCCUCAUUGGGAAGACCGUUGCUCUGCAGCAACCUCACCCGCCGCAGUUGGAA